AAGUAAAGAGCGAACCUGAGGGAAUCUGAUCGAAUAAUGAUCAAACAAUGUAAAAGAUGUAACAUUGUGUUAGCAAAGCCCAGUAAAUGAGUCUUUAUAUGCCGGUCCGUUUGUUAAAAUGAAGUUGUACUGUUUGUCUGGACAUCCUACAUUGCCUUGCAAUGUCCUCAAGUUCAAGUCCACCACUAUUAUGUUGGACUGCGGACUGGACACAACAUCAGUCCUCAACUUCCUUCCUCUGCCCUUAAUCCACAGCCCAAGACUUUCCAAGCUCCCUGGCUGGAUCUCAAAAGAUGGAACAAUUAACUUAGAAAAGGAGCUGAAGGAGUGCAGUGGAAGGGUGUUUGUGGACUCACAGCCAGAGCUCUGUCUCCCUGAGAGAGAAUUGCUGGAUCUUUCCACCAUAGAUGUCAUCCUCAUCUCCAACUACCACUGUAUGAUGGCCCUGCCCUACAUCACUGAACACACAGGCUUCACGGGGACUGUGUACGCCACCGAGCCCACCCUGCAGAUCGGAAGGCUGCUGAUGGAGGAGCUGGUGAACUUCAUGGAGAGGGUUCCUAAAGCGCAGUGUGCCACCUGCUGGAAGAAUAAGGACAUUCAAAGGAUGCUUCCUGGGCCACUGAAAGAUGCCGUGGAUGUGUGGACGUGGAAGCGGUGCUACAACCUGCAGGAAGUUAACUCAGCUCUCAGUAAAGUGCAGCUUGUGGGUUAUUCUCAGAAAGUGGAGCUGUUUGGAGCUGUACAGAUCUCCCCAUUAAGCUCUGGCUACUCUCUGGGCAGCUCCAACUGGGUCAUCCAGUCGCAUCAUGAGAAGGUGUCCUACGUGUCGGGUUCUUCCCUACUCACCACACACCCUCAGCCGAUGGACCAGAGUUCCUUGAAGAACAGUGAUGUUCUCAUUCUGACCGGCCUCACCCAGAUGCCCACUGCCAAUCCAGACGGCAUGCUGGGAGAAUUUUGUAGUAACCUUGCCAUGACGAUCCGGGCAGGAGGCAACGUGCUGGUGCCGUGUUACUCCUCAGGAGUCAUAUAUGACCUGCUGGAGUGCCUGUACCAGUUCAUUGAGAGCGCCAACCUGGGGACCACGCCGUUCUACUUCAUCUCACCUGUAGCCAACAGCUCACUGGAGUUUUCUCAGAUCUUUGCAGAGUGGCUGUGUCACAACAAGCAAACUAAAGUUUAUCUCCCAGAGCCUCCGUUCCCACACGCAGAGCUGAUCCAAACUAACAAGCUGAAACACUAUCCGAGCAUUCACGGAGACUUCAGCAGCGAGUUCCGCCAGCCCUGCGUGGUUUUCACCGGUCACCCCUCUCUGCGCUUCGGGGACGUGGUUCACUUCAUGGAGCUGUGGGGGAAAUCCAGUCUCAACACCAUCAUCUUCACUGAACCCGACUUCUCCUACCUGGAUGCUCUGGCCCCUUACCAGCCGUUAGCCAUGAAGUGUGUUUACUGUCCUAUAGACACACGGCUCAACUUCCAUCAAGUGUCAAAGCUGCUUAAGGAAGUCCAGCCCCUCCAUGUGGUGUGUCCGGAGCAGUACACCCAGCCUCCCGUGACCCAAUCCCACCGCUCUGAUCUGAUGCUGGAGCUGCAGCCUCCUCCCAUGCCCUACAGACGCUGCUCCGUGCUCAACCUGCCCUUCAGACGGCGCUACGAGCGGGUCCACAUAGUGCCCGAGCUGGCCAACUCACUGGUGCCCACUGAAGUCAAACCUGGCAUCUCCGUGGCAACAGUGUCUGCUGUGUUGCAUUCGAAGGACAAUAAGCACAUGUUGCAGUCGGUGCCCAAACCGCCUCCUGUGCCUCCCACCAAGAAGAGGAAGCGGAUGAUGGAGGAGCCCCCAGUAGUGUUGGCCCCCAAACCCCUGCUAAGUGGAGCUGUGCCCCUGGAAACUUUCUUGGCCACAUUGCAAAAGCAUGGGAUCGCUGAGAUAAAAGUGGAGGAGACGGCAGACGGACACAUUCUGCACCUGCAGGCCGAAGACACACUGAUUCGGCUGGAAGAGGACGGGACACACAUCGUCUGCGAUAACGAACCACUGCGAACCACGCUCCGAGACCUAGUGCUCCGUUUCCUGCAGAAACUCUGACAGCUUUCACUUUUACUCCUCUUUUAAUGGAUUUUCUUUUUCUUUACAGCAGCAGAAACAGACUGAGAGCUUGUGGCAGUUUUUUGUAUUUAACACAGUAAUAUUUACAAUAGUUUUCAUGGAAAACCCAGUUAUGUUUCUUUUUUAAUUAAAUAUUUACAGAUGGAUUAUUUUGGAAUAAAAAAGAUGUUUCGUAAAGGAAAUCUUUGAUCUCUGGAAGCUUUUCAUGAAGGUAAAUAAAGUUGU